CUCUUGUGUCCGUUACGUUCCUUUCGGAUAAUUUUCUUGCUAGCGGCGGCAAGACAUGGCUGACCAGAAUGAAAUCGAUCUGGAUUCCAUCAUUGAUCGGCUGUUGGAAGUGAGGGGUAGUCGACCUGGAAAGCAGGUUCAAUUACUCGAGUCUGAAAUUCGCCAUCUCUGCACCAAGGCGAGGGAGAUUUUCAUCUCUCAACCUAUACUUUUAGAGCUUGAAGCCCCCAUAAAGAUAUGCGGCGAUAUUCACGGACAAUACUACGAUCUCCUGCGUUUGUUUGAAUACGGCGGAUUCCCUCCUGAAGCUAACUACCUCUUCCUUGGAGACUACGUAGAUAGAGGUAAACAGUCGCUCGAGACGAUCUGUCUCCUUUUGGCAUACAAAAUCAAAUAUCCAGAAAACUUCUUCAUCCUCCGCGGGAACCAUGAGUGCGCGUCGAUCAACCGUAUCUACGGUUUCUACGAUGAAUGUAAACGGAGAUACAACAUCAAGCUGUGGAAGACGUUCACUGACUGCUUCAAUUGUCUGCCAAUCGCUGCUAUAAUUGACGAAAAAAUCUUCACCAUGCACGGUGGUCUAAGUCCCGACUUAAACUCUAUGGAGCAGAUCCGCCGGGUAAUGCGUCCUACUGAUAUUCCUGACUGCGGUCUUCUCUGCGAUCUUCUGUGGUCCGAUCCAGAUAAGGAUAUAACUGGGUGGAGCGAAAAUGAUAGAGGCGUGUCAUUCACGUUCGGACCUGACGUCGUUUCACGAUUCCUACAAAAGCACGAUAUGGACCUUAUAUGUCGUGCCCAUCAGGUUGUCGAGGACGGCUAUGAGUUUUUCUCGAAACGACAGUUGGUCACACUCUUUAGCGCGCCCAACUAUUGUGGAGAAUUCGACAACGCAGGAGCCAUGAUGAGCGUUGAUGAGAGCCUGUUAUGUUCCUUCCAGAUCCUGAAACCAGCCGAAAAGAAACAAAACAGGUUCGGGCGGAGAUAAGAACUCUAGUCAAAACUUCCCACCUCGAUAUAACAAAAACACGCACGUGCACGAGAGAUGGAUAACCUGGAGAAUGGCAUCAGAAAACGAGCCGGCCAAUCCGCCUCCCUCACAUUCAAACACGACCAAGCGACAUCAGUAAUAAUAGUAACAGCAUGCAUGAGCCGCCUUCUUCCCCGCCUCCUUUCCUUUUGCCUCGAUUUCUUUUAAGAACCAGCUUAACCGACAUGAAACUGAGUAUUGGACUUCUUAAAUGGCCUUUUUCUUGAUUUUUCUUGUACGCUCCUCUGGUUUUGUUUUGUUUUGUUUUUUAUUUUUUUUGUUUUCUUUUUUCUCUUCAGUAAUAGGUCUUGAAUUACUUUAUUCGGUAACUUGAUUUUCCCUUUUUUCCCACUUUUCCUUAAAACUCAUAUGUAGCUGAUAAUAAUCAACCCUGCCGACAAUC